UAGGAUUCUCCAGCCGCUUCAACAUUCUUCCAAUAUUAGAGUUACCAAAGUUUGGACGGCAAUACAAGCUUUCCAAGGAAGAAGCACGAUGUCUUCAGCUACUUCCGAUAUCGAAUUGGGCCAGUGCAACACCACGCCAUUAUCGAGGAUAGGUACAAGCCGCAGAACCUGGAGGUUUGGGUGGCCAAAUCUGGCCUGGCCAUCCUCAAACUUCUCACUUCCUUUGUCACUGUUUUGGAACAAGAGUGCUCCGAUAAUGCAAUUACCGCAAAUCGAGGACUACCCUAAGGGAUAUCCCCAAUUUUCGUCUUUAAUAUCUUCACAUGAGUCCUUUUUCGUCGCGCGAAGGUUUCUGAAUGUUCGUGCUCGAUUAUUAUUACUCAAACAAAAUCGUGUUGUCGCACUUGAAAGCAAGCUGCACAAGAUUGAUAGGGACGAAGAAAGACCAUUGUUUCUCGGCAGUUCUCAGCGGGACCAGAAUCAAGACAGAGCUCAGGUUGUUGCUGAGCUCGACAAAGCACUAGAGGAUCUAGACAAGUUCCUAUUAAGAAGUCGACAGAUUUCUGAACUCGAACAAGCGGAUCCUCGAGCUGUAACGAAUCUGCAGAACUGGGUCAACGGCACAGGUUCUAUAGCACGAGCAGAAAGCAGGUUUUUGAACUAUCCACCCGAGGAGCUCCUUAGCACCAGUCCACGGGAUGAAUCUGCCAUGAUAGGCCUUGAAAACAACGUGGCUGAGAAUCUGCUUCGUGUGCGAGAUUACUUUUUUCCGAGCUAUUCUCCGAAGGUCUCACGAGACAGCGCUCAUAUUUAUAUCCCUACAAGGUCAUCUGCGGCUUUUAUUUCUCGUGCCUUGAUGACACCCAUCAUUGUCGUCAUGCUAUUAGCCCCUGUCAUUUUAUGCUCCUACCUAAAUAAUACCUCAUCACGACUUUUUGCUGUUGGGGGUGCAACGGUAUUCUUCGUUGCCAUGAUUUCUGGUGGUACAAGAAUGAAGAGCCAAGAAUUGAUUAUAGCUGGAGCCACAAUCUUCGGUCUUGCCAGGGUGAAAGAGUCAUUACUACAAUUGAAGGCGGUGUCUAUUUUUGGAGCGAUAGAUGACCUUCAAAACGCACGAUAUCUUGCUCGCUACGCCGUUACGGCUACCAGCAAGGUUCAAGUCGCCACUGUACGACAGAUGAAGUUCUUCGGCAUCACCUUAGACCCUUUUAUUACAAAUCUCCAUGUUGAGCAGACUGAACCCUUGGCUGGAAAUGCCUGGCAAAGACGGCACGGAGAGUUCCGUGCUGGAAAGCGGGACCUGUCGUGCUAA